AUGUGGCCCUGUGUGCAAUGUAGUGGCGAAUCGGAAGUGACCUCAGGUGUAGCGGUGAGGGUUUUCCUGGGACUUCUUCUCGUUGCGUGCGGCUCUUCAGCGUUUCCGGAAGAACGGCGCAUCGAUGUUCCUCAACCGAAGGCUACAAUAACGGACGCAGCGGAUGUGGCUUAUACUGACGAAAGCCGGAUGGUGAUCGACUGGCAGAGCCCACUCCGACAUCUGAACAUCUUGUACGCGCCAAGGCUUCGAGAAAUCAGCGGGACACAAAAUCUCCAAGCACUCCUCAUUAGCGGGUGUGUUCUGGAGCGCCUGGAGGACUCACUCGCUCAGUUGCCCGCCAUCAGAAUUUUAAAGCUAGUGUCCUGCCAGAUGAAUGGCACACUCGAUUUGUCGUUGCUCUUCCUUACGCCAUCCCUUACUUCGCUCAACCUGGAGAUGAAUCGCUUCGAGUGGGUCGUUCGUACACCGGAACCAGCGUACGCCAACCAAUCGCUACCGUUGAAGUUCCUAGACCUCUCUGCCAACGCACUUGAGCACUUCGACCUGGGCGUUAUGGAACCGUUUACGGCAAUCAUGGAGCUUGUCCUCAGCCGCAACCGACUGAUAAGCUUGGUGGGAGAAGUGCAGCUACCCAAGUUGGCCACCUUGGACCUUCAAUUCAAUCGUUUAACGCAGGUGGACCUGCGGGGUUGUGAUUGUCAGGCGUUGAACCAGAUGCAGUUUUCCAGAAACAACCUGACCAGCUGGCCAAUGUUUGCUUCGUCCUCCCGAGGGGUAAAAUGUCUAGCGCUAGGCUAUAAUCAGCUUGAGAUGGUGAACUACACCGCGCUGGGGCAGCAUCGAAAUCUCCAAUCGUUGAUGCUGGAGAAGAACGCCAUCAGCAGCCUUCAUCCGAGCGAUUCAAGCGACCACAACGACACUACGGCACUAGUGGAGCUGCCGAUCUUAAAGGAUCUCUUCCUGUACGAGAAUCACCUGGAAGCGCUGGAGCUGGAACGCUGGCAGAUACCUUCGCUGGAACUGAUCCGUGUCGAUAUGAACCCACUGCGGUACAUUCCGGCCGAGCUGUUCCAACGGUGCCCGAAACUACGCUACUUUUACUGCUUCUGUCCGGACAUCGAAUGCGAAUGGAUCGAGCUCCAACGGAGCCACCUUCAAGCGGAACCAAAUAUGCAGAUCGAUCAAGUGGGGCCAAAUAAAACCAACCGGGACUGCAUCAGGAUGCCAAGGGAUGAUUGUGUAUAUUGUAACCCUCGCUAA